AUCAAAACGACAUCGUACAUCAUCAUCACCAGAAUCCCCAUGGCGGCAGCGGCAGCUCCAGCCCAAAACGACAUCGUAUCAUCAUCACCAGAAGAAGCAUACCCAUAUCCGUACACAGUAAACGUAGCAAACUUUAUAACUGUAAGACUUUCAGGUGCAGACAAGUACCCGUUCUGGAAAACACAGAUGUUAUGCCUCAUCCAAGGACACGACAUGUCGGGUUUCAUAGACGGGUCACUGGACCCGAACCCUUCUCCCGGGUGGAGAAGGUCUGACGCGCUGUUACGCGGCUGGAUGCUUGGUUCACUCACAGAAGAUGUACUUGUGACAUCAAACGUAGUAACCUUAAAAACAGCUAAAGAUAUCUGGAUGCGUCUAGAAGCUUCCUAUGAUAAUAGUAAUGAUUCUGUCGUUGGAAAUGGGUCCGGGUCGAAUGAUCAAAUGGGUCAGGGUAUUAAAGAAUGGAAAUAUGGGGAUGAAAUGGGGAUGGAUAAUAAUAAUAAUGUGAGAUCUACGCAGCAUUCGAGGUCUCUGCCUGUGCCAUUGAGAGGCGUGUCACAGCAGAUUGAUUUGAAAGGCGAUUCUGUUACAACUAGUAUUUCAGGAGCGAGUGAUGGAAGAAUGACUCUUAAUAAGACGAGGAAGUUGAGAGGCUUGGAAAGUAUGGUUGUACCCGAAGACGGUUCCGAGAAACAUUUCUCAUUAGAUUUGGCUGAGAUGAUUGACUUUUUACAUGAACCAGCCACAAACAUUAGUGCUUACCUGCCACUAUAUAAGGCAGCUCUGAGAGGUCAUUGGGAUGAUGCACAAGAAAUCAUAGAUCAAGAUGAAGAAGCAGUCACAGCCAAUAUCAAUAAAUAUGGGUUCACCGCUCUCCAUAUUGCAGUUGGUACAGGGAAGCAAGGCAUUACUUUUGUUAAGAAGUUGGUCGAAAGGGUAUCACCAAAGGCACUUGUGAAAAUGCUCACAUCCUCGGAAAAAUACACACCUCUUCAUAUCGCAGCCGUUGUUGGCAACACUGCGGCUGUGAAGAUCUUAGUAAAUAAGAAUAAAAAAUUGCUGUAUGUCGAGGACGUGGAUGGCCUGUUGCCCAUUCAUAGAGCUCUAAUCAAUUCUCAUAAAGAUACAUUCUUAUAUCUAUUAAGUGUCACGAAAGACAACCAAUAUCCUUGUACUUUCACUGGCAAUAUGGGCGUUACACUUUUAUCUAAUGUUAUUUUUGCAGGCUAUUUUGAUAUAGCACUUGAUUUAUGCACUCGCUAUCCUGAAUUGGCUACAACCAUACCAUCUGACAACGGUGACGCUCCUUUGAUGGCCAUAGCAAGAAAAGCAGAUGCUUUUGAGAGUGGAUGUCGCCUUAAUUUCUUCGAUAGCUUAAUUUAUAAGUAUAUUCCUUUGAAAUCGGAGAAUCUUAACUCAAGCAAAAAGUCAGGGAAGAUGGGAUUUUUCAGUUCAGUUCUUCAAGAAAUCGGUCGUGUUAUCUGGAAAGUUGCAGGUAGGAUUGUGCCACAUAUUACUCACAUUCAGACGAUGAAGCUGGUCCAUCAUCAAGCUGUUGCUCUUGUGAAAUGUCUGUGCCAAGAGAUCAGUGCACUAAAUCUCCAAUCUAACAGUAUGCACUAUUCUAAUCCUAUUGUCGAGGCUGCAAGCAAUGGCGCCUAUGAGGUUGUUCAAGAGAUUGCGGAUACAUUCCCACAAGCCAUUUGGUACAGUGACAGCGUUGGUCAUUUCAUGAUCCAAUUGGCUAUACUUCAUCGAUGUGAAAAGGUUUACAAUCUAACAUAUCAAAUGAGCGACCAUAAGCAUUUUCACAAGACUCUCAAGGACUCUGACAAUAAUAACUUGUUGCAUCUGGCUGGGAAAUUGGCACCUCCACAUAAACUCAACCUUGUUUCUGGAGCAGCUUUACAAAUGCAGCGCGAAUUGCAAUGGUUUAAGGAAGUAGAGACAUUUGUGCAUCCAAAAUACAAAACAGAAAAGAACUCAUUCAACCAGACACCAGAGAUGCUGUUCAGCAGAGAACAUAAGAAACUCGUGAGAGAUGGUGAAGAAUGGAUGAAAAAGACAGCCGAUUCAUACACAGUAACAGCAGGACUCAUUACAACAAUAGUUUUUGCUGCAGCCAUAACAGUACCAGGUGGUAACAAUGGCGACACGGGCCAUCCAAUAUAUGCGAGAGAACUAUCUUUCCUAAUAUUUGCUGUUGCUGACGCAAUCUCACUCUUCACAUCCACAACUUCUUUAUUACUUUUCUUAUCUAUUCUCACUGCUCGUUAUGCAGAACAAGAUUUUCUCUUCACAUUACCCUCAAGACUAAUAAUGGGCCUCGCAACUUUAUUUCUGUCCACAACUUCAAUGAUGAUAGCUUUUGGUGCAUCGUUGUAUCUUUUGUUUGGGCAAGGGAAGGACUGGAUUCUGAUCCCGAUAGCUGCAUUGUCGUGUUUACCCAUUACUUGUUUUGUGACCUUGCAGUUUCCGCUUCUUGUAGAACUAAUAUCGUGUACUUAUGGCCGAGGACUUUUCCGUAAGCAAAGUGAUCGUCCAUUUUAUUAAUUUGUAAAGUAUCAGUAUAUAAUUAAUUAAUUAUUACAAACUUAUUAAACAAGAAGUUGUCUUCUUUUUGUUGAGCAGAGGAUUUAUAUACUACAUUUCUAUCUUA